ACGCAACCCGAGCCUACGUUCACCCGUAAGCUCACCCCUUUUGCAUCCGUCGACCACGUAGUCGCACAACCCCCACCUUCUACAACCCCCAACAACUACUACAAGCCAGAUGAGCACCGACGUCGCCGCCCAGGAGAUUCUCCCCAAGGACUCCACCUUCCACCUCGACGCGGGCAUCGAGGACCCCGAGGAGUUUCUGGCGGUCCACGAGCUCAUGAACCGCGGCCAGCUGCUGAACGCCUACGAGGCUAAGCUCACGCACCAGCACGGCGUCGAGUUCGGCCACGGUAUCCUCAACAGGGGAAAGGCGCAGAAGCGCGAGAAGAGGCCGCCGACCCAGAUCGAGAUCAUGGCGGCCAUCGAGAGGGAGAAACAGGAGAAGAAGGCGGCGCGCAAGGCGGCCAAGGAGGCCAAGAAAGAGGAGCGCAUCGCUCGCGAGGAGUUCGCCCUCACCGGCGGCAACAAGAAACUGACGAAGAAGGAACGCAAGAGGCUCGAGCAGGGUGAAUUCGAGUAAACUGAACGUGGCGCCACCAAUCGACGUGGAACACGGAAAGAAAAAAACCUCUUGCUAUUCCGAAGAUGAAACCUUCGUCGGCUUCGACACUGUACACGCCUCGCCUGUAGCAACAUCAUCGACGACACGUCACACAGAAACAUUAAGAUAGUGUAGGACCAACGACAUGGACAUUAGAGUGUACCAUCGACAACAUGUACAACAACUUGACGGAUAGCAUCCGGUUGUAACGACCAAUCUGAACGCCUCCCAGCCCAACGGGGACGGCGAAUACAUCAAAUCGAAACGACGA